UCUCUGCUGCAAAUGAUUACGGGAUCGUGUCCAGACCUAUCUAUACAGUUCUUGAUUUUCGAGGGCCAAUUUCUAUACUCCCCAAACGUCUAUGCUGAUUGUUGUAUGCUGGAAAAGGACAAAGGAUUGUGUCUUGCAAUUUUUCCAAGUUAUUUUUAUAAUGCCAAUAGUAGUCGAUGUGAAGAAUUUAAUUACGGUGGGUGUGGAGGAAAUUGCAACAGAUUUCCUAAUUUAAUCGAAUGCUGUGAGACUUGCGGAGGAGGUAAUUGCGUAGAAGAGACCACUCCAUUAUCUUAAAUGGAUGAAACAUGUGGCACUUGAACAUGUAGCACUUUACAAAUCCAUAUUUGAAAGAGCACCACUUGCAAUUAUUCUGUUUUACUUCAAAUAAUUCAAAUAAAAUUUGCCUGAUUAUUGUU